AUGGACAAGUUUGAGUUAGAAAAGAAAGUAAUUUCUGAAGAUGGUGAGGAGCAAAGGCAAGAAUUCAAAGGCAAGAAAAAGCAGCUUGGAGGUGUAAGAACAAUGCCAUUCAUCCUUGCAAAUGAAAUAUGUGACCGAUUUGCCGGCGCCGGAUUUCAUGCCAACAUGAUCACAUACCUCACUCAGGUCCUCAACCUGCCCCUCGUCAAGGCCUCCAACACCCUUUCCAAUUUCGGCGGCACCUCCAACUUCACCCCUAUCAUCGGAGCUUUCCUAGCCGACUCCAUUGCCGGCCGGUUUUGGACCAUCGUCAUCGGCUCCAUUUUCUACUUAAUGGGGAUGAUAACAAUCACAACUUCGUCCAUCCUCCCUCAGCUGCGUCCCCUGCCGUGCCCCACCCAAGUCGACUGUCGUGAGGCCUCCGACCGUCAGCUGUGGGUCCUCUACACCGGCCUCCUCCUCACUUCCCUCGGCACCGGUGGCCUUCGCCCGUGCGUCGCCACCUUUGCAGCCGAUCAAUUCGACAUGGCCAAGCAGAAAAUCGACCCGACCGCAUGGAAUUUCUUCAAUUGGUACUUCUUCUCCAUGGGCGCGGCCUCCCUCCUCGCCCUCACCGUCGUCGUUUACGUUCAGGACAACAUCAGCUGGUCGUGGGGCCUCGGCAUUCCCACCAUCGCCAUGGCCUUGUCGUUGGUGGCUUUCGUAGUCGGGUCCUCUUUGUACCGAAAGAUCCGACCUGGCGGAAGUCCGUAUGUCCGGGUCGCGCAGGUGGUCGUCGCGGCUUUUCGAAAGAGAAAAGUAGAUAUACCGAGUGAUCCUAAUUUGUUGUACCGAAACAGAGCUCUCGACGCGCGUAUAUCAACCGACGGGACGCUACUCCAUUCGGACCAAUUUAGCUUCACGAUCCAGCAGGCACGCACCAUGGACCGCCACUUAUCCCAUUCGUUUCAGAUACCCCCGGCCUCGAUGUCGAUCUUCUCCACUCUCACCGUCCUCGUCACCCUCCCGCUCUACGACCGACUCCUUCUCCCCCUCGCACGUCGUCUCACCUCCAACCCGGUUGGGAUCACCUCCCUCCAGAGAAUGGGAAUCGGCUACACCAUCAGCAUUUUUGGGAGCAUCGUUUCGGCCCUUGUCGAGAUAAGACGAAAGAAUGCAGCCGCAAAGUACGGGCUGCUCGAUCGGCCGGCUGCAGUAGUGCCAAUUAGCGUGUUUUGGCUGGUGCCACAAUACUGCGUGCAUGGGCUAUCAGAGGUUUUUAUGGCAGUCGGGCACAUGGAGUUUCUGUACGACCAGUCGCCCGAGAGCAUGAGGAGCACGGCGUCUGCGCUUUACUGGAUCGCGAUCGCGAUCGGGAACUAUUUGAGCACGGGUAUGGUGAGCUUGGUGCACGGGUGCACGGGAAGUAAGGAGAAUUGGUUGCCAGAUAGGAAUUUGAAUCGGGGGAAGCUUGAGAAUUACUAUUGGCUGGUGACUUGUGUGCAAGUGGUGAACCUUGUGUACUAUGCCGCGUGCGCGUGGUGCUACACUUACAAACCGAUAGGAGAGGCUAUGGAGAGUGAGGAUGUCGAGUCCGAUGAAGAGGAUGGAAAGGUGAGAAGUGCAGAAAGUGUGGUGUACGAAGGGGUUCUUGAUGGGAAGAAAGUGGCCGUCAAGAAGCCCGUUUUGUCUACCUCCGGCGACCUAGAUAAGUUCCACAAAGAGUUGCAGCUGCUCAGCAAGUUGAAUCACCCAGGAAUAUUAAAGCUUGUGGCAGCACAUGCUAGGCCGCCGAAUUAUAUGUUUUUCUUCGAAUUUUACGAGGCUGGAAAUCUUGCGCGAAAACUGCAUGUGGAAGAAUGGAGUCCGAGCUUUGGUCAAGCUAUUGAAAUCUCUGCUCAUUUAGCACAAGCUCUGCAAUAUCUGCAUAGCCUCGGGAUUGUUCAUAGGGAUGUUAAACCAGCAAAUAUUCUUCUUAACGAUAAUCUUCUUCCUCAUCUCGCGGACUUUGGUUUGGCCGAACAUAAGAAAGACCUUCAACAAGUUUCUUCUAGAAACUGGAAAUCCUCUGGCAAACCAACGGGCGGUUUUCAUAAGAAAAAUAUGGUUGGCACGAUUAUUUACAUGGCUCCUGAAGUACUGAGGAAAGAGGUUCAUACUGAAAAAUCAGAUGUGUACAGCUUUGGAGUGACCGUUAAUGAGCUUCUUACUGGUGUAGUCCCGUAUACUGAUCUUCGAGCAGAGGCACAGGCACAUACAGUCUUGGAAAUGAACUACACCGAACAGCAACUUACAGCAGCUGUUGUGUCUGAAGAAUUACGGCCCGUUCUUGCUAGUAAAAAAACGGGCGCAUCAAAUGCUUUUCUCUCUCUAAUACAAAGAUGUUGGGAUUCAGAUCCUCAGACUCGACCCUCUUUUGAUGAUAUAGUGUCUGAACUCCAUUUGAUGUCAGAACGUAGAGAAAAAGAACAAACCUCUACAGAAUCUGUUAAAUCACAUGACCGUUUGGAUAAAACCGAGACGAGAGGCUAUGAACCGACCCCAAAUUGGUACUCGAACGGCCGGAACUUUCCGGAUAAUUCACAACUUUCACCCGAAAAUGUGGGGCCCACGUGGCUAUCUUCGAAUGAUGGUUCGUAUAGUCCUAUGUUGUCCUAUGGAUCCUUCUCAACUUGUGGGAGAAGGGAAACUAUGGAGGACACGCACUUUAUAGUACCAAAAUUUUGCAAUCGAAGUGAUAUAUGUUUUUUCGGGAUCUUGGAUGGUCAUCGAGGUGCUGCAGCCGCUGAAUUUUCGGCUGGGGCCUUACCUCGAAUUUUGUGUAAUCUAGUUUCCAUGCACAGCCCAAAUCAAUCGCUGUUCGAGGCUUUUGUCAAAACUGAUAUCGCAUUUAGGAACGAAUUAAAUUCUCAUCGAAAAAAAUCGAGGGCAGUUAUUCAGAAGAACAUGCACCCCGGGUGUACUGCAACUACUGCUUUAGUAGUUAAAAACAAAUUGUUUGUUGCUAAUGCUGGCGAUUGCCGAACGAUUUUAUGUCGAGCUGGAAUUCCAUACGCUUUAAGCAGGGAUCAUGUGGCGAGCUGUCUUGAGGAGAGAGAACGUGUCAUAAAUGCUGGUGGCGAAGUCCAAUGGCGAGUCGACACGUGGAGGAUCGGUCCAGCUGCUCUACAGGUUACACGGUCCAUUGGUGAUGAUGAUCUCAAGCCUUACGUAACAGCAGAACCUGAAAUAACUGAAACUCUGCUUUCGGCCGAGGAUGAAUAUAUAGUAAUGGCGAGUGACGGGCUGUGGGAUGUUGUGAGCAAUAACGAUGUCGUGAAAAUUAUAAGAGAUACGGUAAAAGAGGCCGGAAUGUGUUCGAAAAGACUAGCGACUGAGGCUGCCGAACGAGGCAGCAAAGAUAACAUAACCGUUAUUGUCAUCUUCCUUCGUCCUGUUUCGACAGCCGAGAGGAUUUAUUAA